UCAACGCUGAUUGAUAAUUUGAUACAUUUUAUAACAUUUUCUGAGACGUCAUACGAAAGCAUAAGGAUAUUGUAAUUAAAAAUAGUUAAAUUUUACUAUAAAUAAAUCAAUAUUAAACCGCAAUCAUGGCGAAAAUGGCUUUUCAACACCAAGCCGGAACGGCUAUGGAAUGUCUUAGUAUUCCAAUAACCCUUCAAAAAGAAGCCGGUGUUGAUGCAGAAGGUCGAGAAGUUAUGAAAUGUGGGUUCAAAAUCGGCGGUGGUAUUGACCAAGACUAUCGUAAGAGUCCCCAGGGCUAUACGGACAAUGGUAUUUAUGUAACGGAAGUUCACGAAGGAAGCCCUGCUGCAAAGGCAGGUCUAAGGAUGCAUGACAAAAUUUUACAAUGCAAUGGCUAUGACUUCACAAUGGUAACACAUAAAAAAGCUGUUAGUUAUAUAAAAAAACACCCCGUCCUUAACCUACUCGUAGCUAGAAAAGGGGUAACAUCUACAUAACUGAAGAUGUAAAGGUUGUUUUAAAAUUUCUUUAAGUUGAAAGAGUUCAAAGGCAAGUAUUGUAGAAUGAGUAAUUUUUAUAAAGUUAUUUAUUUUUAGAAAUAUUGAGCAUUUAGUUUGUAUAUUGAAGAACUCAGUAAUAUUAUAUUUUGUUGUUAGUUAUUUUUCAUGGUUUGGUAACUUUUAAGAACAGUUAACACCAUUUAAAUGAGUGAGUUACCAUUGUAAUUUUUACAAAUCUUAAGAGUUGGCAAAAUAGGAGCAUUCAUAUUGUCAUGCAGAUGACAUGUGUCCUGCAGUAUAAACAAAAUUAGGAUAAUGGGUAUUUCUCAUAAUAUAUAAAGAUUAAUUGAACUAUUUAUAUAAAUGUUAAAAAAAAAUGUGAUGAAUUUUAAUGUAUGGAUCAUUUAUAUCAUAUUUUUGUCAAUUAUUAUCAUGUUAUUGAUAAUAAUUUAAUGGUUAGAUUAUUUUAAUAAAUGUACAUUCCUUGAUUUAUUUUUGCAAUGUGCCAAAUUUUGCUAUCGCAUUUCUGACAUACUUAUCAUUUAUUUAAAUACUCUCGUAUUUAAAACAUUAAUUUUACAGACAGAAAAUAAUUAUGGGUAAAUAAUAUCUUUGGGUACUGCAGUGACAUGCCAAAGAAUAGUACAUGUUAAUCUUUUCCUAAAUGAGAUUCCAAUUCAAUUAACUGUUGAUAAUUUUUUAUUUGUUCUUAAAAAUAAUAUUAGUAAUGCCUUUUUUUAAGAAAAUACUAAAAUUCCUAUUUAACAAUAGCCAGGGGAUCAGGAUCAAUACUGAGAUUUUAACACCACUAGAUGGCUCGUAAACCAUUGUGCUAUUGGCACUUAAGUAUUUUGUAUAUUUUAUGACUUGUAUUGUCAAAACAAAUGUGUUUUUAAGUAAAUCAUUGAAGCAACAGUAAUUUAUUUAUUAAUUAAGUUUUAGUAUUAAGUCAUAUUUAUUAAGGUACAAAACCCACCACUCAAACACUUUGUGUUUUGUGGUGUCACUGUCAACUAAAUAAACAUUUAUAUAUUAUGUUUAUGUACUAAAAUGUUCUGGCUAAAUAGACUUUUAAUGUAACUGGCUUCAUAACAAAUUAAGAAAAGUGUACCAGCUGAUAUAUAUUUGAAUUACCUACAAUAUAGGAAAAAGUUUAUUUUUUAUCUAUUUAUAUUAUUUUGCAAUAAGAUUAUCUUAGCUAUACUUUAUUUAACUGCAAAAACCUGCUUUACCUUCAAUAUACAUAUAUGUAUGUCUUAAAAAUCUACUCAUGUAAAAUCCAGAACAUUUUUUUUCCUUAAAACUCUUUAGCAAUAAGUUUGUUAUGAAUUAUUUAGAGCAUAAAACAUUUUUAUCCAUUUACAAAUGAAUAAAUAAAGCAAUACACAUAAGUGUUUUUGUUUUUGCUGCUUAUUUUUUAAAUAUUUAAUUUUAUACAAUGGUCCAAAGUGAGUUUCACAUUUACGCUUUAAGUGGAUAGCAUGCAUUUUAAUUUAAUAGUUUUAUUUUUGCUACUACAAUCAAAAACUUAUGUAACUUGAUAUACUAUAAUUAUCCUUAAAAAAUAAUUAAAAAACUAAGGUGAACUUAUUGUAAUUUCUAAGAAAUAAUGUAAUAUAAAUAACUGUUGCACCUGAAAAUACUGUAAAAUAACUCUGUUGAUUAAAAAUUACAUUAAAUUAAGUUUUUUAUAAUUGUAACAAAAAAAAAAACAUUUUUACUAUAUUAAAUAUGCAGGGUUUUCAUUUAUAAAAAAAGCAUCAAUAUCAAGUAUCAAUUCUUGUUAUCACUUUCACUGCCAAGCUCAUUUACUAAGAUAUAUUUUAUGAUGAUUUUCAAGUGAUGAGACUCAAUAUUUCAAGUUAUGAUUGUGUGUGUUGGAGAUGAUAUUUGUAUUAACUAUAAGACCUUUACAGAGUCAUUGCUUGUAUUGAUCACAAGUUUAUUGAAUUGUUAUAAUUAUACAAAAUUGUAAGCAAUUAUGCAAAAAUAAUUCACUUGUAAAUAUAAAAACUUGCUGCCAUGUGACAUUAAAAUAUUAAUGUAAUUUUCUUUCAUAUUUUUAUCACUUUUUAUGAGUAAAACAGUAUUACAGAUUAGUACUGUGAAAUAUAUUUGACAUGAAUAUUCAAUACUAUGAUAUAUUCAUAGUAAGAAAACUCUUGUUUCUAUAGGUUGUUCAGAAUAAAAAUGUUAUUUAAUUUA